AUGGCGGACAAAAUCAAUAUGUCGCUCGAUGACAUCAUCAAGCACAAUCAGAAAGACAAAAAGAAGAAUAACGGAAACUCCCAAAAGCCGGGAACCAGCAACAAAAACACUGGAAAUAAGGUGAGGUUCACAAGUAAAAUGAAGUUUAACAAUAAUGUUUUCAGAACGGUGCCGGAGCCAAGAAAGCUCGUGUUGGAGCUGGUCGUAGAGCGCCACCGGCUAAAAAUGCUCGCGUUGUUUUGGCGAACAAAGUUCUGAAAAAGUCGAAGCUGAUUGCUCGCCGAGCGAACGCUGGAGCUGGAGCACAGAGACGAGUCAUUGGGGCCCGCGGAAGGCCGGCUGCUGCUGCUGGAUUGAACACCGUGGCCACCAAGAAACUGGUGAACAAGCUCGUCAAGGUAGGGUACAUUCGCGUGCUUUUGGCGCUAAGUUUUACAUUUUCAGAACGCCCUUCGCAAGAGAACGAACAUCACGACUGCCCAAGUCGUUCGCAAACGAGGAGUACGUUUUUCCCUACUAUUUGUGACCAGAAUUCUGUGCACGAGCUGAAACAUAUAAUGGAUGAGAAGAAACAGAAAAUCCGAGCUCCAGAAUUGAGAACAUUCGGUCAAGCGUAGGAUUGUGAACGGCUAUAAAUCGGGUCGAGAGUUUUGCCAUGGGAAGGCGUCUCUCGUGUCGCGUGAGCAACGUCAUCGAUCACGUUUAGCUCUGCUGAAUACUCGCGAUGAAUAGUUGGAGGCAGAGGCCCACUAUUGAAAACCCGAUAUAAAGCCAAGAAAACGGGGACAUUUCUGAAAUUGUCGGCUUCUCUCGUACACCUGCUAUCGUCGGCGUGUUCUUGCUCUCGCAUCGAGUUCUCAGUUCUUGACUGGAGGUGAGCUAAUUGAUUUCAGGGUGUUGCCGCCUCGACUCUCGCCGCCAGAAGGAACCUCGCCGUCAGACGAAACGUCAUUGCUCCACCAGUCAGAACUGUCAUCCAGAGACCGACGGUCGUCAGAGCUCCGGUUCGCACCGUCGUUCAACACGUGCAGCCUGCUCCGGUCCGCGUCGUCCGCGAGAUCAUCACUGCUCCACAGAUUGAUACGCGUGUCAUCCGCAGAGGACCACCACCACAAUCUCGCCGAAACCGUCAGCCGCAGCAACAGCGUACCGUCGUCGUUCAGCAGGUGCAGCAAGGAAGACGUUUCCGUCCGAACAACAACAAUCGCCGCAACGACCGACCGACUGUCAUUCGUCGCCAAGUUGUUCAGCAAGCUCCAAGACGUGCGCAAGUGGCUAGACCGCAGGUAUCCAACUUCAGCCCGUUUGUAUAACAAAACAGUCAAUUUUAAGUACGAACAAGUUGUGCAGAGAGUGGUUCAGAGAGUCCCUCAUCAGCAGCAGCAGCAAGGAAGAAAUGUACGAUUCGUGAAUUCGGGCAACAGACCGAUUCAGAGAAAGACUGUUGUGCAGCAGGUAUUGAUACUUUCCGAUUUCGUGCUCCUUCUUUCAUUGUUUUAUUUUUGCAGGCUCCUCGCUAUCAGCCAGUCCAGUAUGUGACCGAGCACUUCGUUCCCUCUCGCGGACGCGGAUUCCGCGCAUUCUAA